AUUUGCGAAAACGUCAGAUCUUAUCAAAACCACCAAAACUACUCAAGACCUUAUCAUCAUUAUUAUUAAUUAAUAUAAACAUCGUUUUGGUAUGUUGAUAUCGGGAAAUAUUCUACCAAAAAAGUUAUACAGUUGGUGUUUACUAAUUAAUACUUGUCGAUACAAAGCCACAAUGAACGAAACACUGCUAAAAUCGGUAAAAGCUUGCAUACCAACUUUAGAUGGUGGUAAACACAAGGGGCAGGCUGGUAGGAUAGGCAUAGUUGGAGGAUCCUUAGAAUACACGGGAGCACCUUAUUUUGCUGGGAUAAGCGCUUUGAAAGUCGGAGCAGAUUUAGUGCACAUAUUUUGUGCAUCACCAGCAGCAGGCGUGAUAAAAUCAUACAGUCCAGAACUCAUAGUACAUCCUCUACUGGACCAUCCAAAUGCUACAACACAAAUCUCUCCAUGGCUGGAUAGACUUCAUGCGUUAGUCAUUGGCCCUGGACUGGGACGAGAAACAGAAACAUUCAAUGUUGUCACAGAGUUGAUUAACAUCGUAAAAGAAAAGAAGAUACCUUUGGUCAUUGAUGCAGAUGGACUGUUUCUAGUUACUAACAAACCAGAAGUUAUUAAAGAUUUCUCAUCACCCGUUAUAUUGACUCCUAAUAAAAUAGAAUUUGAAAGGCUCUGCAACAGCCUAGGGGGGGCUUCAAAGUUACGAACUCUCGGGGAAAACGUAACAGUUUUCAAGAAAGGAGAAGAGGAUCAAGUGUAUUCGUCAGUCCCGGAAGCUGAGUGGAAGUCAAAUGUUUACGGAUCUAACCGAAGAUGUGGUGGGCAAGGGGAUGUGUUGUCAGGAUCUAUUGCUACAUUCUUAAACUGGACUUUAAGUAACAAAGAUAAGAUAGAGAUUGGCUCCGCUGUUGAUAAAACUCGAGCAGCAGCCUCUUUGGCCUGCUAUUCAGCAUCAAUUCUUGUAAGAAAAUGUAAUGAAAAGGCUUUCAAGGUCAAAGGCAGAAGUAUGCUGGCUGGUGACAUGGUUGAAUAUAUUCAUGAGUCUUUUGAGGAAUUAUAUGGACAGUAAUAUUUUAAGCAUACAACACAGGUUGAUUUAUAAGACUAGACAGGAAUGGAAUAAUAUAAAUGGUGAUUGUCUGUUGUUAGCCAAUGCCUGUGUCACUCAUAAAAUAGAUUUCAUUCCAUUCAUGCUAGUUUUUAUAAAAAGCAAUUAAACCUGUACCAUUAUAAUAAAAUUGUAUACUGAUGUCAAAAAUAGGUGUUGUUUGUUGUUAUACAUUUUAAUAUGGAUGUAAAGAUAGAUUUGCCAGGGUUUAGCUAUAAGAAUACAGUAAAGAAUCUUUGCUAGAUGUUACUUUUUAAAAGCAUUUAUAACCAAAAGGUUGUUUUUUUUUUCAUGUUAACAAUUUUAUAGCUUAAAAAUUAAAUGGUAAUACCAUUA